AUGCCUCGUCAUUUAUCGGUUGGUAAUCGAUGGCGAAUUAUUUCGUCAAGUUUAGAUCAAGGUAUGCCUUCCGCCCAAAUAGCUUCUGUUAGUGAUUGUUCAAUUCGAACCGUUUAUUAUAUUUUACAAUUUUAUCGUGAAGCAGAUGAUGCGACUGAGCGAGAAGGACGUGGUCGUGCUUUAUUAAGCAAUGAUGAUAUUCAUAUAUUGCGUCAGCCAACAAAUCGAUACAUCACCUGCGGAAUAAUUACAAACUAUCGACGACGUUUAGGUUUUCGUCCUGUUCAAGCAAGAGAGCAGCCUAUGCUAAAUCAACAACAAGAACAACAACGAUUAUUAUUUUGUCAACAAUAUAUACAAAAUAAUUAUCCACAUAUUGUUUUUAGUGAUGAAAAGAUAUUUGAGGUUGAUAUUUCUGGUGUAGUCCAUUGGAUACCAUAUAAUCGGCCAAGACCUACAUAA